CUCCCUCUGCGACAGACCAUCUUCCCCCUUCCCACCGCUCGCGGAGAUCCCAAGAAUAACCCCCAACACUGAUUAGCGAAUCCUCUUCGCGGACGGCCUGCAUUCCCCAAAUCGUCGCAUCUCAUCGGUUCUCUCAGGGAUUCUUCCAUCGCUGGUGGGGCGAUCGGUCGCUGGAAAUGGCGAACAACCUCGGCGCCGGCCGUUCAUGGGGUGGAAGACAUCAUCAGCAAGAUCGGCGACGAUUUUAUCCACUAGAGCCCUGGAGAGCGUGCUCAACUAGAUCCAGGCGGUAAUCCGUUCUUUCUCUUCGAUUCUGGGUCUUCGAAGUUCUUGUGGGCUUAUUACAGUUCCCAGGGGAAGAUCCGAGAUGUGGGAAACAAGGAUGGUGCAGGACGACAUCAUCAGCCACAGCACCAUCGAGAGGUUGUCCAUCCAGAGGAACGCGGCCCUAUCACUGAGAUGCUCUUUCCGAUGGUCGACAGCAAAAGGGCAUCUGAUACCCGAUGCGGCAGCAUCACAAUAUCACAGGCAACGAGAAGGAUUAAGAGGAAAAAGUAAUAUCAAACAAAUUCGCCUACAACAUCGUCUAAACCUUCAGGGAGGUGGUUGCGUCUUCUAACAAACCAGCUAUUGCACAUUGUGCACCAUGGAGCAUUGUAACUCAAAGCUAGGCACCAGGGAUGCGGGCUCCAUCGCCGCCACGGGCAGAGCCGGGUGAUGCCAUCCCUCCGGCGGAGACGCCGGCGACGACGUCUGCGAACCGCCGCCGUCACCUUUAUCCUCCCCCGCGGAGUUUGAUUCUUCGACGUCACACAACGGGGAAGGAGACAGAAGGAGCGGGGACAACAAGGGGAUGGGAGCGGAAGCAGCGGCGUCAUCGGCUCCCAUCACGAAGGCGGUGUUGCGCUUCGUGGCGUCGAGCUGCAGCGUCGCCGGUGCUUGCUUCUGGAGCCGGCUGGAUGGCUUCUUGCGCUCGUUGCCGGCCUUGGUAUCAAUUAGUCGCGGGAUCUUGACCUCCAUGGUUGAUCACGAGAGCGGAAGGAUGCGAGGGAGAAGAUGAUGCGUCAGAAGGUCUCGGGUGGCGAGAGGAAGAGGUUAUAUUUGUCGUCACCCCCCCACAUGCCAAGGCUUCGGUUGCGGGAUGAGAUCGGCGAACGUGAGGUGGAUAGAGGAGUCUUUGGUUCGAUGGACGCCGCUGUCCUCACAUAAUAUAGCAAGUCCUGCCCAGAUCCAAACGGGAGGCCGCCUUGGUCUCGGUCAGAGUAACUGUCACUCCUCUUCUGCGUCCAUCCAUCCCUCCAUGGCAUGAGUCCACGGUGCAGCAGUUAUAUCCCAGGAGAUGUCCAAGACAGAUGCCAGCCGAUGGAUCGACCUCAUCAACCAUUCCUCCCGUCAGGGCCUCCACCGCCGCACCCUCCACCUCUUCCACCAGAUGCGCGGGCAAGGCUUCGCCCCGUACCGCUGCAUCCUCCCCAGCGUCAUUCGAGCCUGCGCCCGCCUUGCCGAUCCGGAUGCUGGCCGAGCUUCGCACGCCGUCGCCCUCCGUUCCUCUCUGGACCGCGACGCCUUCGUCCGCAGUGCCCUGAUCGACAUGUACUGCAAGUGCCGGCGAGUUCCCGACGCCCGCCAUGUGUUCGACGCAACGCUUGACAAGGAUCUGGUCGUCUGGAAUUCCGUGGUUUCGGGCUACGCCCACCAAGGCGCGGCAGAGGCCGCCAUGGUUCUCUCCAUCAAGAUGAGGUCUCUGGGGGUAAAACCAGAUCUCGUAACGUGGAACGCCCUCAUUUUCGGGUUCGCUCACAAGGGCGAAGAUGAUACAGCUAUGGACUUGUUGAGGUCGAUGCAGUCCGACGGGGUCGAUCCCGACACGUUUUCCUGGACCUCGAUCGUAUCUGGGUUGGUGGUCAAUUUCAACUACGGCAAGGCAUUCGAGAUCUUCAGGCACAUGGUGAAGACUGCAGGAAUCCGGCCGAGCUCAGUGACGAUCAGUAGUCUUCUGCCGGCGUGCGCCAACCUGGUGGAUUUGAGACGCGGGAAAGAGAUUCACGGCUACGCCCUGGUCGCGGGAGUUGCACGGGACUUGUACGUCGGCAGUGCGCUAAUCGACAUGUACGCCAAAUGCGGCCUCGUGGCUGAAGCGAGCAAGAUCUUUCAUGACAUGAAGGAGAGGAACACGGUGUCAUGGAACUCGAUGAUAUUUGGGUACGCGAAUCAGGGGCACUGCCACGAGGCCAUCCAGCUUUUCGAUCAGAUGGAGGGUGAGAGAGCGAAACCGGAUCAUCUGACGUUUACAGCGGUUCUCUCCGCUUGUAGCCAUGGCGGAAUGGUGGAGCUGGGCAAGAGCUUGUUCCGGUUGAUGGAGGAGGUACACGGGAUAGAGCCGAGGUUGGAGCAUUACGCUUGCAUGGUGGACAUGCUAGGCAGAGCUGGGGAGUUCGUGGGGGCCUGUCGCUUGAUCGCAGAGAUGCCCAUGGAGCCGGACGCGUUUGUGUGGGGAGCGUUGCUGGCGACGAGUCGGAAGCACGGCAACGUGGAGCUCGCUGAACUGGCAGCUUCGCAUUUGUUAGAACUCGAGCCAGAGAGCGCAGGGAGCUGCGUGCUUCUGUCGAGCGCUCUGGCGGAUGCUGGGAGGACAGUAGAUGCUGCCAAGGUGAAGAAACUAAUUAAGCGACGGAAGAUGAGGACGUUGAUGGGGUGCAGUUGGAUGCAAAUGUAAUAGGGAAAAAACCGGGAACAGGUAUUUCUAACUCUGCUUUUAUUACAUGUUUGCUUUUUCUUUUUCUUUUUUUUUUUUUUGCAAGAGAAGUAUCGUACAUUUGAUGACGCAACGCAAACCGUCGAUGAUGUACGAACAUGAGAGCAUUGCAUGAGGGCAAUUAAACUAUCUGUGAAGCAUAGUUGGAUGAAGGCAAGUUUAAGGACUCGAGUCUCUCAUUCGUCGCUCACAACUCUGUAACAUAUCUCAGAAGGCGUGCUGGCUUUCUCCUCGAUUUGAGGGGUAUACAAUGCUACAUUUCAGGAACAUCGGGAGCUCAAUUAAACCUGGAGAACUAUGCUUCUGGAUGUUUCACGCUUCGAUAAGGAUCAGAUUUCAGAUCGAGGCAACGAUUCUCAAACAUUAGGAGCUAACAAAAGGAGGCUAGCUAUUGACAAAGGAUGUUCUGGGACAAGAAGAUUUCAAGUGAAUUUUAAAACCAAGGAAUACCUGGUUAACCUGCUAGUGUCAAUGUCAAGAAUGAGCAUUUUGAGGAGAAAUAAACUCUCAAAUACUUGGUUUCUUGCUGUGUUUAUGAGUGAAGAAGACCACAAAAUCAGGAAUCUUGCUGAAUGUACUCGGGCUGAAGAGAGAGUAACAUUUGUUGGUGCUGUGAAACAAAGGCAUGCGUGUAAGCUACCAUCUGCUCUUGCAGCAGCUUGACAAACAUGGUGAGUUAGUCUGACGUUGUGAUGGCUGCUGCUCCAUCACCAUACAACUACAAGAUGAUGACAAAACCAGCCUCCGGAUGUAGCACAAGGGGAACUAACUUGGUAUAUCUCAGACCAAUUCCACUAGUAUGACUAGUAAAAAAUCUUCUAGUUCUAGCUGCUAUACUCUAGAACAAUCUACCUGCUGAAGCAUUUGGCGUUUACAUCCUUUCCUAUGACCCUAGUCUACAAUCAGAAGUCCUCCCAGUUAAUUAUGGCUUAUCUAAGCCAGGCUUGCAACAUCACAGUCGUAUCACAUCUAAGGUUUGUCGUGAUUAAACAACCCCCUUGCAAUUCAUUCUCCCUCCCUCACUAAAUCUUAUUACCAUAUUUAUGUUUAACUUCCAUUUUUGCCAUUUGCCUCAUCUUGCUCCUAUUCUAAUUCAUUUAGCUACAUGCAUUCCAUCUCUAAUGUAGAAGUGCAAUUCUGGAAUCUUGCUCCUUUUUUUUUAGUGGCAUUUCUAUUUUGAGAGGA